AAAAACAUGAUGAGGCAUAUGACAUCAGCAGAAGCUUCCAGACUGCCAUAUCAACAGGUGGCAGACGUUCUUGAGACCGACAUUGUCCGGGGGCUGUCUGUUCAUGAAGCCGAGCUGAGGAGGAAGAACCACGGAGCCAACGAAUUCGAAAUAUCAAAUGAUGACCCUCUUUGGAAAAAAUAUCUGAGACAGUUCAAGGAGCCGUUGAAUUUGUUGUUGCUGUGUUCAGCAGCCAUCAGUCUCCUCAUGAAACAGUUUGAUGAUGCCAUCAGUAUAUCAGCUGCAAUAAUUAUCGUAGUCACAGUGGCAUUUGUCCAGGAAUAUAGAUCAGAAAAAUCAUUAGAAGCAUUAACUAAAUUGGUACCUCCUAAGUGCCACUGCAUACGAGAUGGUACAUUGGAGACCUUCCUAGCUCGAGAUUUGGUACCAGGUGACAUAGUCAUCCUGAAUGUCGGAGACCGUGUGCCUGCUGAUCUCAGACUGUUUGAGGCAAACGACCUAUCAAUAGAUGAAUCGAGUUUCACAGGUGAGCCAGAGCCCGUAUUGAAGAGCAGUGACACGACGAACCCCUCCGUGAACGCCAUCGUCCACCUCACCAACCUUGCAUUCAUGGGCACACUGGUCAGGUGUGGCAAUGGAAAGGGUAUCGUCAUAGGAACAGGUGAGAACUCUGAGUUUGGCGAGGUCUUCAAAAUGAUGGAGUCGGAAGAGGCCCCGAAGACCCCCCUGCAGAAGAGCAUGGGUGUGUUGGGCAAGCAGUUGUCCUUCUAUUCGUUCUGCAUCAUUGGAUUCAUCAUGUUGUGCGGCUGGCUACAAGGAAGGGCGAUACUGGAUAUGUUCACCAUUGGAGUUAGUCUGGCAGUGGCCGCCAUCCCUGAAGGUCUGCCGAUUGUCGUAACUGUCACCCUGGCCAUCGGAGUUAUGCGUAUGGCUAAGAAGGAAGCCAUUGUUAAGAAACUUCCCAUUGUAGAGACUCUUGGUUGUGUGAAUGUGAUAUGUUCAGACAAAACAGGCACGUUAACAAAGAAUGAGAUGACCGCCACACACUUGUACACUAGUGGUGGCCAGGUUCUUGAGGUGUCGGGAGUGGGCUACAACAGCACGGGUGAGAUUAUGCUCGAUCAUGCAGCAAUCAGAGCUCACACAAAUAGGUCAAUUCAGAAGCUAAUCGAGGUCGGUGUCAUCUGCAACAAUGCACACAUCAGUGGAGGUCAGCUUCAAGGUCAGCCAACUGAAGGAGCUCUAUUGGCGGUCGCCAUGAAGGCGAACCUGGACAAAGUGAGAUAUGAAUAUGAAAGAGUACAUGAGUGGCCGUUCAACUCCGACACCAAGUACAUGGUGGUCAAGUGCACCCCUCUCUACGACCAGACGACUCAUGUCUUCUUCAUGAAAGGAUCGCUAGAGGCAGUCUUGAGGCUGUGCUCCAAGUUUCUGACGUCGGCUGGCACGGAGGAGGCACUCCUACCCAGACAUGAGCAACAAUUCAAACAGCAGGCUGUUGACAUGGGCUCGUCUGGACUGAGAGUCCUAGCCCUGGCUUAUGGUCCCCACGAAACAAGCAUGGUGUUCGUCGGGCUGGUGGGUAUCAUCGACCCCCCUAGAGAGGGGGUGAGGGAGGCCAUUAUGCUCCUUCAACAUUCAGGUGUCAGGGUUAAGAUGCUGACUGGUGACGCCGAAGAAACCGCCCUGUCCAUAGGUCAUAAAUUGGGCUUAUAUGCAACUGACCGAGAAGCUAUGUCUGGCGACCAGAUAGAGCAGUAUGACGUUGAAAGGUUGAGCAAUCUCAUUGACCACAUCUCUGUUUUCUACCGAGUCAGUCCUAGGCACAAGUUGAAAAUCGUCAAGGCCCUGCAGAAGAAAGGUCACGUGGUAGGAAUGACGGGUGAUGGAGUGAAUGACGCAGUGGCCCUGAAGAGUGCUGACAUCGGCAUCUCCAUGGGCACGACAGGGACCGACGUUUCGAAGGAGGCCGCCGACAUGAUCCUUGUGGACGACAACUUCGCCACCAUCCUCUCAGCCAUUGAAGAAGGUAAGGGAAUCUUCUACAACAUCAGAAAUUUCGUCAGCUUCCAACUGAGCACGAGCAUAGCAGCCCUCACCCUCAUCACUCUCUCGACCAUCAUGCAACUACCCAACCCACUGAACGCCAUGCAAAUCCUCUGGAUCAACAUCAUCAUGGAUGGUCCGCCCGCCCAGAGUUUGGGCGUCGAACCGGUAGACCACGACGUGUUGAAACAACCGCCACGCUCGUCCAAGGAGAGAAUCAUCACCAAAUCCCUCCUCAUCAACGUCAUCGUUUCCGCUGCAUUCAUCGUUGCUGGCACUCUCUGGAUCUUCUGGAAGGAGUUGAGUGAUGGAAAGAUAACGAGACGUGAUACGACCAUGACAUUCACUUGCUUCGUCUUCUUUGACAUGUUCAAUGCACUCGCCUGCAGAUCUCAGACGAAAUCAGUUUUCACCAUCGGGCUGCUUUCCAAUAAGAUGUUUCUCCUGGCAGUUUGUGGUUCUUUGAUUGGCCAGUUGCUUGUAAUCUACGCCCCGCCCCUUCAGGUCAUAUUUCAAACGGAGGGACUCUACUUAUUUGAUUUCAUCUUCCUGAUAAUGCUUACGUCGAGCGUCUUUGUCGUCAGUGAGAUUCGGAAAUUUGUCGAGCAGACGUUUCAGAGGAGGCGGGAAAAGGAGGAGAUGAUGAAUUCACAGAGAAUUGAAAACUACGUAUGA